AUGACAUGUGCAGUCCGUGAGGCGAAAGAGAAUGGCCGGAGAACCAAAUUGUAUCUCGACGGAGCCGACGCUGUGAAGGAUAAGCUCGCCAGAUUUGGAGGAGUUGGAGAAAUGACCACUGGGCAGGAUCACAACAAGAGUUUCUUUGUUGAGAUGGGCUACAUCCACAGGGAGACCGUGACCAAACCGCAGAAGAACGGGCCAGCUAUUGUUGAGGAGAAAGUAAUAAGUUGCGUCUUAACAAGCAUAGAAACACAGGAUGGAAGGUGCUCCUUGACUGUGGAGUAUGGCGGAAGUGUUCACAAGGUUGCCGAGGAGUCAGCUUGA